CGCCUCCCCCUCACAUCUCAUCUGAUCCACAGACACGAUGCCUGAUCCAGCGAAGACUCCAGCGCCCAAGAAGGGCUCCAAGAAGGCGGUGGCGAAGGCCCCCGGUAAGACCGGCAAGAAGAGGAGGAAGUCCAGGAAGGAGAGCUACGCCAUCUACGUGUACAAGGUGCUGAAGCAGGUGCACCCCGACACCGGCAUCUCCUCCAAGGCCAUGGGCAUCAUGAACUCCUUCGUGAGCGACAUCUUCGAGCGCAUCGCCGGGGAGGCCUCCCGCCUGGCUCACUACAACAAGCGCUCCACCAUCACCUCCCGGGAGAUCCAGACCGCCGUCCGCCUGCUGCUGCCCGGGGAGCUGGCCAAGCACGCCGUGUCCGAGGGCACCAAGGCCGUGACCAAGUACACCAGCUCCAAGUGAACUGCGGAGACCCGCUUCCACCCAACGGCUCUUUUAAGAGCCACCCACCGGCUGCCUGGAGACAAACUGUCCUGAUGCUUCCAUGUUCACAUUACAAACAUUAAAAUGACCCAGAACUUUAGAUACAUGUUCCUCGUGUGUUUCCAGGUGUAUGAAGCUUUAGAGAAGUUCACUUGAAUCUAAACAUCAAAUGAAUUAGUUUAUAAUUUAAUCUAUAGAAGCAGUGAAUUUUGAAAAGCAGCAAACCAUUGAGCAUAUUUAUAUCUUAGACCAGUUUCCUCUAGUAUAUGAUUUCAUGUUUUGAUUCAUGUGUAUUCACCACUCGAUGAUUCUCACAGGUUCCACAACUGUCAGAUGUUCACUCAAUAUGAAAUUAGAUUAAUGCUUCAUUCUGUAAACAAAAUAAUUCCAACUUCAAAAUGUAAACAUGAGUCGAAGGAUUUAGACGCUGACUAGAGAACUACUCAUUCACACUGAAGCUCCAGGAACUGGGGGAUUUUAACAUAGAAUUCUAUAUUCUUGGUAUGAAAAUUCAAUUUGUGAUUUUAAUUUCCCACGGGAUUAAUAAAGUAUCCAUCUAUCUACCUUGUUGUGAAAACUGAUCCACUGUGGAACCAGAGUAAGAUUUAGAUUCAGUCUCAUAUUAACCAUCGAGUAGACGUGACCUCAGGCUUCAUAACUCAAUUUCUCAUUCCGUAUAUUUUACUGUUUGGUUUGCACCAAACUGUAUUUGACUGAUAAUAAAAGACUAAUGUGAUAAA